AUGCUCACCGCUACAGCCCCAACAGUCGUUCCAGAAGAACAAUACGGUGAAGUGAAAGGAAAACUCCGAAGCUUGGCAAUCUUAAAAAAACACCCGAGAGCAUUUCUUCCGGAGCUCGAAAUGUUUCUGAAAGCCGUAGAAAUGAUCUAUAGUACUGCUGAAACACUCCGGCAGUCCGCAGCCACUAAGGAGAACACAGAACAAAUCAAAGCCCUGAUGUCAAGAUCAAACUGCUACGAAGAUAUUUUGAUUCGAGUCGUUCUGGGUGGAGAAAAGCUGGUCGACGUUUUGGGAAACAACUCAAAAUAA